CUUCCUUCCACUUUUCGCCUUGCGCAUCCUUCCAUUUGCGCCCAUCGAGACUGCUACUGCCUAGAUGAGCUGCAUAUACCCCGCGGAAUAUAUACUAUCUACACAAUGCCUCCCGGUAAGUUCUCACCUCUUCGAACUUCACCCCUCGUGGCACUAGCCAAGUCGCGUCGAGAUUGCGACAACACACUUCACGACACGCAUCCUACACCGAUUCUCCAUACAACGUCACAAUGGCGCGUCGCAAAGCGAACAAGGGAAAGAAGCCCAAAAAGCUAACAACCCCUGUAGCUAUUAGCGACGACGAGAUGUCCGACGCCGGCGGCGAGAUCGCCAUCCCGCUGAAGGAGAAGCGCGCGAAGAGCCGAUCCGCGGAAUACCGAGACGACGUCAGCGAAGCUAAGAGCGAAGAAGACAUUCCCAUGAUAUCCGGCGACUUGAACGGCAGCGCCACCAAGCCUGCGAGGGCUGCUAAGGCGGCUAAGCCUGCUAAGGCGGCUAAGCCUGCUAAGGCAGCUAAGCCUGCUAAGGCGGCUAAGCCUGCUAAGGCACACUCUGUCGUGGCCGACGAGGAGGAAGAGGAAGGCGAUGAAGACGAUGAUUUGGAGGCUGAUGAAUACGUUGUCGAGAAGAUUCUUGACCAUCUGGCUUCCGACGACGGCACCGUGAACUUCCGUGUGAAGUGGGAAGGUUACUCUAAGAAAUCAGAUCAGACCUGGGAACCGGAAGACAGCUUGAAGGAAGGCGCAUCAGAGAUCUUGGAAGAAUACCUUCGGAAGCUCGGUGGACGCGAGGCGCUGUUUGAGGAGAAGACCAAGGCCAAGAACACGAAGAAGCGCGGCCGUCCCAGUGCUUCGUCUUCUACACCACCAGCGAGCAGCAAGAGAGGCAAGCGCAAUGGUCACCCCGCCGAAUCUACCCCUCCCCUAUCAGCAAAGGAGGCCAAAGCCAAGGCCUGGACAUUGCCCAGCGGCAGCUGGGAAGACGACGUCGAUUCGAUUGAUGCCUGCGAGGACGAAGAGUCGGGCUCUAUUAUCAUCUACCUCAACUGGCGAAACGGCCAGAAGACUAAGCAUCCUAAGGAGGUGGUGUAUAAGCGGUGCCCUCAAAAGAUGCUGCAAUUCUACGAAAAGCACAUUCGCAUCAUCAAGGCGGGACCUGACGCCGAUCUUCCGGGGCUUGAUGCCGCGCCCGAGGCUAAGAUGUAGAACACCGAAAAAAAGGGUGCCGUACGUGGAAUUUUUUGGGAAGGGAUCGGCGUUUGGGCUCGUGAUACAUCUGAUAUCAUCAGCAGGCUCUCGAGCGCCGUUGGCUUGGCCUCUGCUCGUUGUUCUAUUUGCACAUUUUCAGUCCUCGGAAUAAGUCUCAGUAGACCGUACCUAAAUCAGGUCUGGGGCGACGAGGAUCCGGACUGUGGCGGGCUUGCUUUAUCCGUUUACAACCGAAUUAGCGGGAGGAAGUGUGCUUUACGAUGUCGCUUCGUACUUUCGGAAGAAAAAGAAAACCGCAAGUUCACAUCUCAAUUGCCGCAGCUGGUGCAUGAAUUGCCCUUUGUUGUAGAGGACGGUGAUCCUCCUACGGAUAUAUCCCCAACGUGUAACUGCAGCCUGAGUUGGGAAGAACCUCUUGGCCUCAUAUAGUACGACAGAGCUCUCCUCCAUUG